AAAUUUAACUAAGGCAGGUUUGAUUCGGAAUUGGGCAAGUUGGACCAGCAAAAUAGAGCUGCAAACGAAGUAACAAGAAUCCAUGUCAAAAGAAAAACAAACAAAAAUAUAAUUGAGCUGUGGUCCAUAUACAUGAAGGAAAGCAAGUUAACAUUGUAUGCUUCUUUAAUAGUGAUCUAUAAAUAGUCAUGCAUUCCAUGCAAAUAUUUCUCACAGCUACAAAAAAAAAAACCUAUAAGACAUCAAAAAGAAAAAAAACUAACUCUAAGCACCAAAAACAAGCAUCAUGAAAGUUAUUAAUUUCCUCCUAUUUCUUCUUGUCUUAGCUUUGGCUUCCUUUUUCGCCACUGCUUUUGAUCCUAGCCCUCUCCAAGACUUCUGUGUAGCUACAGAUGGCUCUGAUUCUUCUGUCUUCGUGAAUGGACAGUUUUGCAAGAAUCCAGAUAAUGUAACAGCAGAUGAUUUCUUUUAUUCUGGGCUUAAUGUUCGUGCAAAUACAUCCAAUCAACUUGGAGUAAAUGUCACAAUUUUAACUGCUGAUGUGAUACCAGGACUUAACACCAACGGUAUAACCUUAGCUCGUAUCGAUUUUGCAGCGAAUGGAGGCUUAAACCCACCACAUACACACCCCCGAGCUGCUGAAAUCCUAAUGGUUUUAGAAGGAACUGUUUAUGCUGGUUUUGUAACAUCAAAUCCGGAUCAUCGUCUGUUCAGCAAAAUUCUAAGACCAGGGGAUGUAUUUGUAUUUCCAUUUGGAAUGAUUCAUUUUCAAUUGAAUCUUGGUAAGACUCCUGCACUUGCUUUUGCUGCAUUGACUAGCCAAAAUCCAGGAGUGAUGACUUUAGCUAAUGGGAUUUUCGGAGCUGAUCCUUCCAUUAAUCUUGAAGUUGUGGCCAAAGCAUUUCAUCUGGACAAGAAUUUAGUCAGCAAGCUUCAGGGACAGGAGUGGGCCAAUCCCUCAUAAAAUAGUUUUAUUUUGAAAAUGUGUUGUGCAAAUUUUCUUAUUUAAGUCAUCUAAAAUGACGUCAAUUCGAAUAAAGAGGAUGUUUGUGUCCCAUUUCUCGUGUUGGUUAAGUUAAUUAAGAUCAAAGGGGAUAUACCUCUCUCACCAUUUUGAUUUUGAAUGUAAUAAAUGAUAUUUAUAAUGUUGUAAUUUAUUUAGCA